GGCUCAUUGACUUCCGGGUGUCAGGGUUAAAAGCUGAGAUGUUUUGGUUUUGAGGUCUGGUUCGGUUUUCGGACGGUUUUUUGGAGCCAGUUUCACAGUAAGUCUCUGCGGCGGCUUCACGGAUGGACGCGCUGCACCGACACCGGUCCCUCUACAAAGGAACCACGCCGCCAUGGAAGGAGACUUACCGGAAGCGCUGUGUGGACAGACUGAAGAGCAGCCGGUCCAGGCUGCUGGACAGAUAUCGGCAGAUGGGGGACGGUCAGCAGCGGGUCUCCGGGGCCUCCAGCAUCGUCCAGGAGGUGAUGGAGGAGGAGUGGAGCUCGCUGCAGGCGGAGGACCAGAGGCUGCCCUCUCUGUGGGGGCCACACGGCAUGACGCAGAUGUUCAGUGCCACGAAGGAGUACGAUGAACUGGCCGUACUGGAAGAAAUCCAGCAGGAGCUCAUGUCUCAAGAAAUGGCCAUCAUCGAAGAACACGAGAGGAACCUGCAGUUCGAGCAGCAGUACAUCUCGUCGGUGGUGGAAGCGAUGGACGACACGCGCAUUAUUUGCCCGAUAUGUCACACGAACAAUUUGAACAUCAACAGCCAUUUCAUCUCCUGCAGCUGUGGACUCUACAUCAACACCAAGAAGCAGAACAUCACGCCAGACGUCCUGCAGCAUCUGCUGGAGUCCAGAGUGACGGAGCACAUGGAGGACUGUCUCCACAACCCUGUCUUCUCUGUCGCUCCCAACACAGACUGCUGUCCCACCCUGAUGAUAAGCUGCAAGGUUUGUGACUACCUGUCCAUCGUCCUGUGAGACACAGCUGCCAUGAAUCAUGAGAUUUGAUAUUAAGUUUGUUUUGAUGAAUAAAGUCUAUUUUAUUUUAGA